AUGGGCAUGGAGGGUCUUCUCCAGAACUCCACUAACUUCGUCCUCAUAGGCCUCAUCACCCAUCCUGCCUUCCCCGGGCUUCUCUUUGCAAUAGUCUUCUCCAUCUUUGUGGUGGCCAUAACAGCCAACGUGGUCAUGAUUCUGCUCAUCCAUGUGGACUCCCGCCUCCACACUCCCAUGUACUUCUUGCUCAGCCAGCUCUCCAUCAUGGAUACCAUCUACAUCUGUAUCACGGUCCCCAAGAUGCUCCAGGACCUCCUGUCCAAGGACAAGACCAUUUCCUUCCUGGGCUGUGCACUUCAGAUCUUCCUCUACCUGACCCUGAUUGGAGGGGAAUUCUUCCUGCUGGGUCUCAUGGCCUAUGACCGCUCCCGAGAGAUCAAUCACUUUUUCUGUGAGAUCCCAGCCGUGCUGAAGUUGUCGUGCGCAGACACGUCGCUCUACGAGACCCUGAUGUAUGCCUGCUGCGUGCUGAUGCUGCUGCUCCCUCUGUCCGUCAUCUCGGUGUCCUACACGCGCAUCCUCCUGACUGUCCACCGGAUGAACUCUGCUGAGGGCCGGCGCAAAGCCUUUGCUACGUGUUCCUCCCACGUCAUGGUGGUGAGCAUUUUCUACGGGGCAGCCUUCUACACCAACGUGCUGCCCCACUCCUACCACACCCCAGAGAAGGAUAAAGUGGUGUCCGCCUUCUACACCAUCCUCACCCCCAUGCUCAACCCGCUCAUCUACAGCGUGAGGAAUAAAGAGGUGGCCGCAGCUCUGAGGAAAGUGCUGGGGAGAUGUGGCUCCUCCCAGGGCAUCAGGGUGGGGACUGUGAUCAGGAAGGACUAGCGG